UAUGUCAAACAUUGAAUUCACAUCGCAUUCGGUCUCGGUUAACAAUGUUUUUAAAAAAAUAUGUAAAAAAUCGUAGAAAAUUAAAGAUUCUCUUACUCGUUACCGUUAUUGCAUUAAUUGUUGCCACAAUUGUUUUAUUCAAUUCAAAUAAUGAACAUGAGAAAAUAAUCGAUGUUGGAUUCAUCGAUGUGUUCGAUACAAAAUCCGAAUCACGCGAAGAACAUCCUGUUAUUGUUCCAGAAAAAUACAAUGAACACAAAGUGAAAACACGUCUUAUCAAGGACAAAAUUAAAUACCUUACCCAGAAUCGGGAGCGUGACAGUGAUAUAGAUAAUGAAGAAUUCACAAAAUUGGAUACUGUUACGACAAAUGUGCACAUCUUCUAUACAGCGCCGGUGGCAUGGUAUAAGAAGGGAAAACCACACAAGUUGGUCAAGGAGACCAUCGAUGAGAAUGACACUGUAGUUAUUCCACAAAAAGUCCCAAAGGUCCUAAAUACAGCCUUUUAUCCGGCAUUGGGACUUUAUAAACCUACAACCGGAGUACUUCGAAAGCAAUUUGAAAAUAUAAAAAACGCGGGUAUUGGAGUUUUAAUUUUAACACUGAAUCCAAAACUUAGUGAGGACUUAAUUCAGUUGAUACUAAAUACAGCACCAAGCUUUAAUUUAACGGUAACAUUUGAAGUUGGUUUGGCAAACAAUCAGAGUUUGGACUUUUUGAAAAGUCAACUUGAGACUAUUCGGAAGUAUUCGACUAGCGAAGCUUUUUACAGAGUUCUUUCAAUUACAAAGAACUCUUAUGUGCCUUUGAUAUAUGUUAGUAAUGCGUACAAAUUAAAUGAGGUUGAUAAGGUAUUUUGUAGCAAUCAGAUGGAUAAUGCACGAGAUGUUUUGGACGCGUUGUUUAUAGGCCAUAUAAGAUUAAAAACCCACGCAGAAACAAUGCGUCGACUUUGUUUUGAUGGAUUUUAUAGUAAAGUACCUAGUAAUGGUGCUACAUUUGCGAGUACUUGGAAAAAUUGGUCAUAUCUCAAAUCUUUUGCUGUAACGUACAAAAUGUUGUUUGUACCAACAGUUGGUCCUGGUUUUGCAGAACGUAAUAAAUUUCCCCGUCAUGGAGAUAUCCAGAGGCAUCGUAGUAAUGGCAGAUACUACGGAGUAGCUUGGCGCACAGCAAUUAUCAAUCAUAUUGGUUUUAUUAACAUAGCCAGCUAUAAUAAUUGGCAAGAUGGUAGUCAAAUUGAGGAAGUUCUACCAAGAAGUGGAUUCCUUGAUUAUAAUCCAGGAUCGCCAAGGAAAUAUUUAGAAUUAACUGCUCAUUGGGUUGGUAACUUUUUAAAAUCUAAAAAACAAUCACAAUCAAUUUGUUAUGAACUAUUAAAUAAUACAAUUUGUUAAAAAAAUAAUAAAAUAUUUAUAUAUAUACAAAUUUCAUCAAUAAUUCCAAAAACAAAA